AUGCCACCCAUUUCGCUUCUGGACGAUUACGAUGCGUGCAUGUACGAUUUGGAGCCUUUAUACUGCACUAUGGAACUGGAAUUAGUCUCGGAUACACCCAGUGAUCUGCUCAAUUUAAUUCGGGCUCAUGAAACGAAAGAGAUAAAUGAUUGUCGACGAUACUGGUUGUGGAACCUUAUGUAUAUGACGAACUACAAAGACGGUUCGCACUGCAUGCCACACGGUUGGUACUUGGCGGCAGACAUGCAGCUGUACUGUCUUGGUGUAGUCAUUUUAAUUUUGGCGAGGAAGAGUUUUUGGCGGAAAGUGGUUUUGGGAUCGAUGCUAUUGAUUGGAAUCGUUACACCGGCCAUCCCAACUUACAUAUACAACUUGGAUACGCUCCUGAACUUGUCGCCACAGUCUCUGCGAAACUAUGCCGUAGAUGAGCCAACAUUUGAAUUCCUCUAUAAACACAGUUAUACCAACUUAGCCAACUAUACAAUCGGAAUAAUCACUGGCAUCUACUUGCACCACUGGCAAAAGAAUAAAUGCGACGUAAACAAGUUUAAGGUUGUGGUUGUA